UUAAUUUAGUUCUACAAAAAUUGUUCUGUGCUGCUGCUGAACAUUAAGCAUCUCUAAUUGGUCUGGUGCUUCAAAUCAAAGGAAAAUAGGGAGGAAGUCAAUACACAGGACACUAAUUAAACCAUGUUGAACAAAAUUACUACACAACACACAAAAGGACAGUAAAAACACUAACUACUGCUAAACACCAUAGGACGAAACAACAAGCAUAACUAACGACAACAAACACCUCAUAAACCACAAUUUUACACAACUGUCAUGUCUGUGUGAUCAUGUUUUGUUUUGGUUAUGUUCGGUUUGGUUUUUAGACUCUUUGUGCACCUUGUAUGUUUUUGUUUCCAUGACAACCCAUUAGUUUUCACCUGUCCUCAUGUCACGCACCUGAUUCAUUUGGACUCACGCACCUGUUGUUAAUCACGUCACCACUAUUUAAGCCUGUAGUUGCCAGGCAUUCAGCCUGGCAACAUUGCACAUUAAUGCUCUGUACCCCUGACACUCUUGCUUCAUGCAAUUUCAUAGUUCAUGCUGCCCUGUUCACGUCACAGACCCAGUGUACCUGCCGGUCCCCCAGGACGUGUGACGUCAGCGGCUUCAGUCCUGGCGCUCCCGGGUGCUCUGCUUCAGUCGUGCCCACCAGGCGCAUUUCCCGUCAGGCGCGCAAACACGGCGGAGGACACACCCACGACAAAGACCCCGACUUUUCUCCGCGUCCUCGCCCCCGCUGCGCCGACAUGUCCUCCGCCGUCACCGAGACUGAGGAGUCGGUGCGAAGCUCCGCGCUGACGCCGCUCAAGCUGGUCGGGCUGAUGUGCGUCUUCCUGGCGCUGUGCCUGGACGUCGGUGCCCUGAUGAGUCCUGCGUGGGUGACGGCGGACGACCAGUACUACCUGUCUCUGUGGGAGUCCUGCUGGAAGCCGGCCAGUACCGACAAGUGGCAGUGCAGCAGCACGCUCAGCUCAGACUGGCAGAUUGUCACGCUAGCACUGUUGUUAGGGGGCGGGGCCCUAGUGCUGAUGUCCUUCCUGGUGGCUCUGGUGGCCGUGUGCAUCGGCACCAGGUGGCGAUUCUACGGCCCUGUUGCCUUCAUGCUGUUCGCCACAGUGGUUCUGCAGACCUGCAGCUUGGUGCUGUACCCCAUCAAGUUCAUUGAGAGUAUCAACCUGAAGAUUUACCACGAGUUCAACUGGGGCUAUGGCCUCGCCUGGGGCGGGACCAUCUUCUCUUUCGGCGGUGGCGUUCUCUACUGCCUCAACCCAAAGAGCUAUGAGGUGUACUACUAGUUCCCAUCACACCUACGGUACAUGUUUGGAAAGGUUAUCAGGAGGAUCCUCUGGGCUGGGGGGUCAGGAGACGGUUCAGGUGAUUAGUUGUGUUAGAGCCUAGAACUCAAGGAUUGUUGCACUCAAGUUUACACUGCCGCCUCUAUGCCGUCAUGUGGCUGAAAGAACUUCCGUAAUAUUGCCAGUGAAGAGCUAACAAAUAGCUAUGGAAGACAUUGGACUUGGAUGUGUUUGGAUGUGCAGGUGGCAAUGGCCUGCAGUGUUUCUUCAAGGUUUACGUUUGUAUGGAGGUCCUUCACAGUUACAUUUCUCAAACGUUCAUAAUAGAAAGCAAAAGAAACACUCCAAAAUAAUUCACACAGUCAAAAUCAGUCACUUACUGUAAUAUAAUAGAAGGAAAACACACACGGCCUGGAUACAACCCAUCUCUUCUUUCCCACAUACAUAACCAUACUAUCAUUGUCAUCCUUGCUUUGUCCCAAGGCUAUGGAAAUGGUUCAAGCAAUUCAGGCAGUCUAUUAUCUCUGUUAUAGGUUAAACCAGGGGUAGGGAACCUAUGGCUCUAGAGCCAGAUGUGGCUCUUUUGAUGACUGCAUCUGGCUCUCAGAUACAUCUUAGCUGACAUUACUUAACAGGAUAAGUACUGAAUAAUUCCGCUGGUAAUCACAGUGUUAAAAAUAACGUUCAAAAUAUAAAACAUUCUCAUGCAUUUUAAUCCAUCCAUCCGUUUUCUACCGCACCUGUUCAAGAAGUCGCAUUAAUGGUAAGAAGUAUUUGAUUUAUUAUUGGUUAGCUUCAGAAUAACAAUGUUAUUAAAAAAAAUGAGAGACUUAUUAUACUCUAAAAAUGUUGGUCUUACUUACAAAUGCAUGCAUUUAGUUGUAUUCAGUGUUAAAAAAAAAUAUUAUAUGGCUCUCACGGAAAUACAUUUUAAAAUAUUUGGCUUUCAUGGCUCUCUCAGCCAAAAAGGUUCCCGACCCCUGGGUUAAACCAUCUGUCAGUAUUGGCAGGGUCUUUAGAGUAAGACUGCUCAUUCGGAUCGGUCAGACAGUUGCACAAAUUAGCUAAAAGCUUCAAUGCUAAAUAAAUGAGAAGAUUAUAGCACAAGUUGAUGAUGGCAUAUUGUCAUGACUGACUGAUAGCAAUCUGCCAUUAAUCUUUUAGGCCAGACUUUGCAAACGUAUCAUCUUCCAUAAAACAAUGCCUAAAAUGUGAAGAUAAUGGGUUGAAAAGCUUAUACACUUAGGGCCUGAUCUACUACAGGUUUGCGUGUAUUAAAACACGUGCAAACUUGGUAGCACACACGCAAAGCUGAUCGACUAGCAAAACAGCUGACCAUCAGAACAUCCACACUACUGGAAGGCGAAAAUGCUAAUUUUCACUAUUCAGCACAAGCGGGAGCUUUUUUGUGUAUUUAUUUAGUUCGCCUGAAAUGUGCGUGCAAAAUGGCAGUUGUACAAAAAUAGCUGUGGAAAAGAAGAUGAUUGUUCUGCUGCUCCGUCGCACGUAUGCUUGUCUACAUAUAUGGACUGUCAAAAAUAAAAGUAUACCGUAUUUUUCGGACUAUAAGUCGCAGUUUUUUUCAUAGUUUGGCCGGGGGUGCGACUUAUACUCAGGAGUGACUUAUGUGUGAAAUUAUUAACACAUUACCGUAAAAUAUAAAAUAUUAUUUAGCUCAUUCACGUAAGAGACUAGACGUAUAAGAUUUCAUGGGAUUUAGCGAUUA